AGAACAAACCGAGAUCAAACUCCCUCUAGUUAAUUCAAAGUGCGUCACGGAAUCACGCAGUGCACAGGAGAGAUCUAGUGCGCGCUAUUAUACCCGGGGAUAAAUAAUCGUCAAAGUUCUAUCGUAUCAUGGUGAAGAUAGCAUUCAACUCUGCUCUGGCGCAGAAAGCCCUGCAAGGGAAGGAGGCUGGGCUGGCCUCGGAGAAGGAUCCUGAGGCAGCUGUGGGUGACCUUAGCAGCAGUAACCAAGGUGCUACAGGAAAAUGUGUCCUCACUCUACUGGGACUAGCAUUCAUCCUGACUGGGGCUAUAGUUGGGGCAGCCUGCCUCUACCGAUACUACACACCCAAGAGGCUGUACCACGGGGCCAUGCAGUUCAGUGAGGUGUCCAGCGGGGCGGCGGUAGAGAGACAGCCCUACUAUCUGCCCCGCGUCGAGGAGGAAGUAGAGAUCUCUGACAACAUGGCCACCAUCAAGGUCCCACCCCCUCGCUUUGCCCAGGGAGACCCUGCAUAUAUCCUGCACGACUUCCAAAAGAAGCUGACGGCAUAUCUGGACCUGACUCUGAGGACAUGUUUUGUGAUUCCCCUGAACACUUCAGUGGUUCUGCCUCCUCAAGACCUCAUGGACCUCUUCAUGCAGUUAAUGUCGGGGUCGUUCCGUAGCUACCUGGUGCAGGAGGACCUGGUCGUGACGGAGCGUGUUGAUGAUGUCACAGAGAUGGGCUUCUAUAUCCGCCGGCUGUGUGAGGGCAAGGACACCUACAGGAUGCAGCGCCGCAGUGACCUAACAGGAGGAGGGAUUCAUAAGCGUUCGGUAGAGGAGUGUUUCACCAUCCGUCACUUUGAGAACACCUUCGUCACCGAGACCAAGAUCUGCAAGGCCUAAUGGGAGAACACCCGCACACAUGGAGUGAGGGAGAGAGAGGCGUAGAGGGAGAGAGAGGCGUAGAGGGAGAGAGAGGCGUAGAGGGAGAGAGAGGCGUAGAGGGAGAGAGAGGCGUAG